AUCUGUAAAUGAUCACAGAGGUCACAUGGUACAAGGUUAUUCACAACAGCCUUGUACCAUGUGACAAGCUCUGUGAUUGGUCACAGCUUGUCACAUGGUGCAAGGCUGUUGUGAAUAGCCUUGUACCAUGUGACCUCUGUGAUCAUUCACAAAUUUCACACGUAGUAAGCAAUGAUGUCAGAAGUGACAUCUUGCUUACUACUUUGCAUGUGAUCACUGAUUGGCCAAUCAGUGAUUACAUGAUCGGGACCUCGUGUAGAGGUCCCGUCCGACGAUCAGCAGGCACAGGGGGCGCUCCCAGGGAGCGCGCACAAGCAGGGUGCGGGGAGGCUGUUUAU